AUGACUAAUGACGAUUCAGCGAACUUGCAAACUCCUCUAAACGGAGCACCCAAGGACGUUUUGAACACUCUAGCAACGGAUGUUUCUGCGGCCAACGCACCUGCUAACGUCGCGUCGCUCGACGAGUUCAAGAAGCUGCUUUCCUCCUACGAAAAGAGGUCGGAAGAGCAUAAUAAACUCGUGGGAACGCUGACCAAACAGGUUCAAACCCUAACGGCAAGGUCCCGUGAAGUCCUCCCUCGCGGAGCCACGAAACUCCGCGGCAGGAGACUCGAGUUCGCGACCCCACACGAUAGACCUGGAACUUCGCAGGAACGUCCUUCCGGACAAAACCCUAGCGAAACAUCCCCUGUAGAGAAAGGCAACUCGAAAAAACCUCCACCGUCCGAAAAGGACACCGAGGUGGAUGAAGUCGAGCGCAUCGACUUGGAGCCCAGCGAUGACUCCGACAAAGACGCUGACGUCCAUCCAAGAAGAACCCGCAGCCGUUCGGCUCGGGAGAAUUCUCCGUUCGACAAACCCAUGACGGAAGAAGAGGAAAACCUCUAUUGGGUCGAACAUGAGGAACUUGCCGAAAGGCAAACCGAGAUUAAUCGCCGUGAACGCCGACAAGAUCGGAAAACCGCUGGAGAAGAUCCCGAUAUACGCGAUCUCCGCGAUUACAUCACCAAGACCGCCGCGGAAGUAAGGGCCGUGAAAUUGCAGAUCCACCACGCCACGAGUGCUGCCCCAGAAAUCGAUAGGUUGCUCGAGGUGGCCCGUAAAACGCCUUUCACAGCACGAAUCUCCGAGACCAAGGUGUCUAAUUCGGGGAAGCUCAAGAUACCGAUGUAUAACGGUACGACUGACCCAAAGGCGCAUCUCCAGGCGUUCCAUAUCACUAUGGGAAGAUUCAGGCUUAGAGAAAGCGAGAAAGACGCUGGUUACUGUCGCCUGUUCGUUGAAAAUAUCAAAGGUGCGGCGCUCGAAUGGUUCUCCCGGUUGAAGCGAAACUCCAUCGGAAGCUUUCGCCAACUCGCAUCGGAAUUCCUCCUCACAUACUCUAUGUUCAUUGAUAGAGAAACUUCCGAUGUCGAUCUCUGGAGCUUAACUCAGGAAGAGGGCGAGCCCCUCCGAGAAUUCAUGAACCGUUUCAAACUGAUCAUGGCGAAGGUCAGCGGAAUCAGUGACAAAGUCGCCAUUGACGCGCUUAGGAAGGCGCUCUGGUACAAGUCGAAGUUCAGAAAGUGGAUAACACUCGAAAAGCCUCGCACAAUCCAGGACGCCCUCCACAAAGCCUCAGAUUACAUAAUGAUCGAAGAAGAGACGAAAUACGUCCAUCACGAGGAGGAAGAACUCCAAGAUGCGCACAACUACGCGAUCAAUCCGGAGCAGGGCAGAACUUCGGGGAAUACGUGGAACCGUAACCAUAGUUACGACAAAAACGUCUACUGCGAGUUCCAUCAGACCGAAGGUCACUCCACGGCUAACUGCAAAGUCGUAGGGGCAAAAUAG